AUGGGAUCCAUCACCCCCCCAAGAAUAGGAGAGCUGGAUGCCUCUACCUGCAACCUAACCCGCACCACCACCCCCCGCGAUGUACCUGCCCCCGGCUCGCCCGAGGAGCUGAGCCACUCCUACUGCACCGACCACAUGGUCACCGUGCGGUGGACCGCCGAGACCGGCUGGGAGACGCCGCAGGUGAAGCCGUUCGAGAACCUCAGCAUCCCCGCCACGGCGGGCUGUCUGCACUAUGCUACGCAGUGCUUCGAAGGCAUGAAGGUUUACCGUGGGUACGACGGGAAGCUGCGCCUCUUUCGACCGGAUUGUAAUGGCGAACGGCUGUCUGGGAGUGCGGUGCGCUCGUCGUUGCCGGGUUUCAAGCCCGAUGAGUUGAAGAAGCUCGUGGCGAAGCUGAUGGAGGUUGAUGGCCCGCGCUGGCUCCCGCGAGACCGCCCGGGCUCGUUCCUGUACCUCCGGCCCGCGAUUAUUGGAAAUGGCCCUCACCUCGGCGUCCAAGUGCCAAAGGAAGCUCUCCUCUUCAUCAUCGCCGUCCUCUGGCCAGACGUGAGCAAAGUCAAGAAAUACGGGCAACCGGGCGCGCCUCAGGGUCUGCGCCUCUACGCCUCUCACCCAGACAGCAUCCGCGCCUGGCCCGGCGGCUUCGGAUACGCCAAGCUGGGCGCGAAUUACGGCCCGUCCCUGCAGGCACACGGCGCCGCGCAGGCGCAGGGCUUUGAUCAGAUCCUGUGGCUGUUUGGUGCCGAGCGCCAGGUUACCGAGGCCGGGGCGAGUAAUUUCUUUGUUGUUAUGCAUAAUGCCCAUACCGGCCGUUUGGAGAUGAUUACGGCGCCGUUGGAGAAUCAGCUUAUCCUGCCUGGUGUUACGCGGAGAAGUGUGUUGGAGCUUUGUCGUGAGAGACUGGCGGAGCGAGCUGUUGGGGGGUUGGCGCCUGUGCACGUUGUGGAGAGGGCGUUGACCAUUGGCGAGAUUGAGCUGGCCGCGAAGGAGGGGCGUAUUGUUGAGGCGUUUGUCUCUGGUACUGCUUACUUCAUCACGCCCGUCGAGCUGAUCCGCAACGACAAUGUCGAUAUCAGCACCCUUGGUGCGUCCGGUGAGCCGGCCGGGUACGCCUCCCUGAUCAAAUCGUGGCUUGAGACCAUUAUGUAUGGCAAAGAGCAGCACGACUGGGGGUAUGUCAUCGAGAACGAGGAGAAAUAG